CUGCAUUGGUUAUUAUUAUCAUCUGACUGACAUAACGGUAGGCCACCCUACGCAUAGCUGGAAACUGGAAAAACCAUCACUGUGUCUGUUCGCCACACACAGACACCCGUUUCGAAACGUUACAGUUACAUAGGCCUACUAUCACGAGUGGUGACUACGUUUUCCGUCGACGUUGAUGUCGCUUCUUCCUCGGUAGACAGUCGUUAUUUUUAUUAUAUUGAAUCGAGAGCUCAUCGGGAAGACAAAAUGGCAGAGAUGGGGAUGGGGAAGGGGGUUACUGCGGGGAAACUUGCCAGUAACGUGCAGAAAAAAUUAACACGGGCCCAAGAGAAGGUAAUGCAGAAGCUGGGUAAAGCAGAUGAAACCAGAGAUGUUGCAUUUGAGGAGGGAGUGAUCAACUUCAACAAACAAUAUACAGAGGGAUCCAAACUGCAAAAAGACCUCAGAGCAUACCUGACUGCAGUACAAACGAUGCACGAAUCCUCCAAGAACCUUCAGGAGUGUUUGUCUGACAUGUACGAGCCGGAGUGGUACGGCAAAGAUGACGUGGACUCCAUCGUUGAGGACACAGAUGUUCUGUGGACCGACUUCCAUCAGAAGCUGGUGGACAAUGCUUUGAUAUCUAUGGACACGUAUCUUGGACAGUUCCCUGAUAUUAAGUCUCGUAUUGCUAAGCGUGACAGGAAGCUUGUGGACUACGACAGCGCCAGACACAACCACUCUUCUACCAAUAAGGGGAAGAAAGGAAAGGACGGGGGCAGCAAGAUCACCAAGCCAGCAUCUCUGUUGGAAAGGGCCACACCAGUUUGGGCUCAGGGCAUCCUGUCAGCCCACAACAUUGCUCAGAGUAACCUCUCCAGGAACCAGGCGGAGGACGAGUUGGAGAGAGCUCAGAAGGUGUUUGAGGAGAUUAAUGAAGAUCUGCAGGAGGAACUACCCUCACUAUGGAACAGUCGUGUUGGCUUCUACGUUAGCACCUUCCAGAGUAUGGCUGGCUUUGAGGAGAAGUUCCACAAGGAGAUGGGGAAGCUCGACCAGAAUCUGUACGAUAUUCUUGUCAAACUGGAGAAACAGGACAUGUCUGGUGAGCUCCCCAGAGGAGCAGAUCCAGCCAAUCACACUCUGAGUCCAGGCGGACCACCACCCAUCCCUAAGUCCCCCUCCAAGCUGAAACCGGCGAUGCCGCCGCGGCCUGAAUCCACCCCCUGUCGGGACAUGAAACCAGAAAACAUCAUUAACCUGUUUGAUGCUGCUGCUGCUCCGAACAUCAGUGUUACGUCCCCAACACAGUUUGACAGCCCUGCAGGGUCCAACCUGUUGGACAUGGACCUGUCCACCCUGGCUGCACCAAGUCAUGGUGGCACAGCCGUGUCCUCAGCCUCUCAGGCAGUAUCAUGGGACACAUGGGAGCCUGAGGAAACUCCUGCUCCACCAGAGGAGCCCCAGGGCUGGGGGGAUGACGGUACCCUGCCGGUGCGUGCUGCUGGCUGGGAUGAUGACGGUACCUUGCCGGUGCGUGCUGCUGGCUGGGAUGAUGACGGUAUAGCUGCUGCCACGGCAGGCUGGGAUGACGAUGGCUCUCUGCCUGUGAAGGUGGAUGACUCCUGGGGGGAUGAUGGUGAUGCUGAUGCUACAUCCGUAGCCCCAGCCACUGCUUCCGCUGCUGUGGCCGAUUCUGAGGCCGCUGGCUGGGAUGAUGAGGAGGAGGGGGUGCCCCAGGCUGACACACUUACGGCACCUGCAGCCCCUACACCUGCAGCCGCAGCACCAGAAGAGACACCUGCUGUGGCAGCAGCAGCAACCAACGGAGAUUCAGAGGCCAUAGAGAUGCCUCCAGGAUUCGUCUUCAAAGUGACCACCAUGCAUGACUAUGCCGCUAAUGACUCAGACGAGCUGGAGAUGAAGGCUGGAGACAUAGUGCUGGUUGUCGCCUUCGACAACCCCGAAGAACAGGACGAGGGCUGGCUGAUGGGGAUGAAGCAGGAAGACUGGAUCCAGAAUAAACAGAGCGCGCUCAAAGGGGUGUUCCCCGAGAACUUCACCUCCAGGCUGUGAAGGAGGAGACGCCAUAUUUUUUCUCCUCUGAGUUCUCUCUCGUCCACAAGAUCCUCUAUUCUCUUCCCUCUCUCUCUCUGCCAGAAUCCUCCUCUCCUCUCCUCUCCUCUCCUCUCCUCUCCUCUCCUCUCUUCUCUUCUCUUCUCCUCUCCUCCAGAUUCUUCUUUUCUCUGUCUCUCUCUGUCUCUGACCCAAUUCCCUGUGCCAUACUCCCUUCCCUUUCCUAACCUCUGGGUUUGUGCCAGCGUGAUACUGUAGGUAUCGGCAUGAGAAACAGCACUGCAUCGUCAGCUGUCUGUUCUGUCACCAUGUCUAGCAUGGUUUACAUGCUCUUGCUGGUUAGAAGUACAUAUUUUAUGGGGGGGGGGGGGGGGUACUGAGGCUAUAGGGUCAGAUUGUGGCAUAUCAGUUGACUUGCACUUGUUUUAAAUCGCCAUAAAACAGAAACAUGUUUCAGUAUACGUACAUACUUUCAGGAGGUGUAUUACAAAGGAGUUUAUCUAGUGUUCUUUAUCAUCUUUUUUCAACACAAUCAGACAGAAAAGACAUUGACGAUGACCCUUAGGACUUUACAGAGGGCGUAACCUCUCAGAGAAACUCCUCUAGUGGCAUGACACAAUUAUACCAGCCCUAAGAGACCUUAGACCUUUUUUGAUAUGACUCGUUGGCUUUCUCCUCAACCCCUUCACCCACUAAAGUAUGUUUGUGUCAAGGUUGCCAGGUUUUGUGAUGAUUCCGGGUUGCCAGGUGUUGUGAUGAUUCCGGGUUACCAGGUGUUGUGAUGAUUCCGGGUUACCAGGUGUUGUGACGAUUUCGGGUUACCAGGUGUUGUGAUGAUUCCGGGUUGCCAGGUGUUGUGAUGAUUCCGGGUUACCAGGUGUUGUGACGAUUUCGGGUUGCCAGGUGUUGUGAUGAUUCCGGGUUGCCAGGUGUUGUGAUGAUUCCGGGUUGCCAGGUGUUGUGAUGAUUCCGGGUUACCAGGUGUUGUGAUGAUUCCGGGUUGCCAGGUGUUGUGAUGAUUCCGGGUUGCCAGGUGUUGUGAUGAUUCCGGGUUGCCAGGUGUUGUGAUGAUUCCGGGUUACCAGGUGUUGUGAUGAUUCCGGGUUGCCAGGUGUUGUGAUGAUUCUUUCCUGAAAAGACUAACUAACCCUCGCCCUGUUCUAUACUGUAUGUAAUUGUCACCUGAACUUAAUUCUAUAUUCCUGCAUCAUUUAACCCUUAAAAUAUUAAGGAAAGCAGACUAUCUGUGUAAGGACACUAAAUAUGGUUGUGUUUUGGUUCCUGAACGUGUGACAAUACAAAUCUAUGUGUGUUAUGUUUUUUCUCUUGAUGUUAAGUAACUCUGACCCCUUUCUGUGGUUGGUGUGACUGGUGGUUUAUGAUUUAGAUUAUUCAUCCUUCAGAAUAACUCACAACUUAUUUUUUUGUAUGCAGUGCGGAGCAAUGAUUAUUGGAAGAUAGGUGAAACUGUCAACUCAGAAAUGUUAAUAAUAUCAUAGAGACAUUGUUGUAUUCCCCUUAUGCCAUGCCCCAGUUCAGUGUGACUUCUGUGCUAUUGAAACUGACAUGACCUGCUGAAAUGAUGCCGUGACUUGUAGUGCAUGUAGGAGUGUUUGUGUACGUACGUGAGUACGUGAGUACGUGAGUGCGUGAGUGCGUGAAUCCGCGAGAGUGUGUGUGUGUGUGUGUCCUUUUCAUACAGAGAACUUUUGUCCCUCCUCGGCUGUACCUCUCAAUUGAUUUAAGUGCUAUUGUCAUUGCUUUCACUUCCUCCUGUGUGGUGAUUGGAUAAGACAGUUUUACAGGAGCCAUUCUGAUUUGAUUAAGGACUCAGGAGAGACCAAUUGUACUCAGUCAUAUUUAAAUACUUUUACGUUUUUUGCUGGUGUUAUUAUCAUUGUGUAUUUAUCGUGUAUAUUACGUGUAAUUUAACAAGCUGUGACAAGCAUAUUAUUCAUAUCCGUGUAUGUGAGUAAAUGUGUCAAGGAGCAUGCCAAAUGAAUUCCAUGUGUCGUGUAUUAUAGGAGCAAUCCUCUUUGUUGAACUCGUUAGGGUGGGGAGAGACCUUGUUCCUUCUCAUCCUAUUGGAGACCAAUAGUAAUGAACAUACCGUGUUCCUUCUCAUCCUAUUGGAGACCAAUAGUAAUGAACAUACCGUGUUCCUUCUCAUCCUAUUGGAGACCAAUAGUAAUAAACAGAUAUUUAGAAGCUCAA